UUAUAUUUGUUAAUUUCAUCAUGGAAGUUAUUUUUAAUCAUCAGAUUCACCAUCAACGUGAUGUUAUUGGUACUAUUGGACGUGCUCGUCGCAAAUGGAAGCAAUUGUAUCAUUGGUUUCCCGAGCAACAACGUAUUUUAUAUAAAGAAAUGGAUCGGAUUUAUAAGGAAACUAAGGAGAAGUAUGAUAAAGAAGUUUUUAUGGAUUAUAGUAGAGAGAAACGCUUAAAUAAGCGUAUUAUCAAAAAUGUUUAUCAACAUGUUCGUGAUAAAGAAGAUUAUCAGAAAUUUGCCUGCUUAAAACCUAUUUUGGAUAAAUACAAUCGUUUUCCCCUAUUGUACUACUAUGAAGAGUGUGGCGAACCAGGAUUUUGUCAGCAACAAAAGAAUGCCGUAAUGUGAGAAGUCUAAUGAAUGGUCGAUAAAGGCUCAUAUCUUGCCAACAGUUCGUAAUCUUUAUUUAAUCUCUAAAGCAAAGAUCAAAAUUGCAAAAACUUAAAAUUUAGAUUUCAUACGUGUUAAAAAAUAUUUCAAGUGCUUCUCUAAAUUAGGCGUAUACUUCAUAUUUAUAUCAAUAAAUCAUUAGCACGUAUACGUACAGGUGUCGUUAAUAAAAUCCGUGCAAUUU